AAGUGCCAGAGCCAGACAGUCCAGCCACAGCCGGCGAGAGGAGUGGUAGAGUUUGUGCUACGUCGCGCUUCGUGACUGGAAUCUAUAUCUAAGAUGCCUCGCAUAGAUAAUGAUAUCAAGUUAGACUUCAAGGAUGUUCUUCUACGUCCGAAGAGAUCUACACUGAAAAGUCGCUCAGACGUGGACUUGAUAAGGAAUAUCACCUUCAGAAACUCGAAGCAGACAUGCAGUGGCAUCCCUAUCAUAGCAGCCAAUAUGGACACUGUGGGGACCUUCAUGAUGGCCAAAGAACUUGCUAAGCAUAAAUGCUUCACAGCCAUCCACAAACACUACACCUUUGAGCAAUGGGUGGACUUUGGAAACAACAACAAGGAUGUGCUUGGCUUUGUGGCAGCAUCCUCAGGCACAUCAGACUCCGACUGGGAUAAACUGCAGAAAAUUCUUGGACAGUUUCCUGAGAUCAAGUUCAUUUGUCUGGAUGUUGCCAAUGGGUACUCUGAAGUGUUUGUUGAAUAUGUCAGGAAGGUCCGCAAGAACUUCCCAGAACACACCAUCCUCGCCGGCAAUGUGGUCACGGGAGAGAUGGUGGAGGAGCUGAUUCUCUCUGGGGCAGAUAUCAUCAAGGUGGGGAUUGGCCCAGGUUCAGUGUGCACCACCAGGAAGAAGGCUGGUGUGGGAUACCCCCAGCUCUCUGCCGUGCUGGAGUGUGCUGAUGCUGCUCAUGGCCUGGCUGGUCACAUCAUUUCGGAUGGUGGCUGCACCUGCCCUGGUGAUAUUGCCAAGGCAUUUGGAGCAGGAGCUGACUUUGUAAUGAUGGGAGGAAUGCUUGCUGGCCAUGACCUCGGGGGAGAAGUAAUAGAACGUAAUGGAAAGAAGUUCAAGCAGUUUUACGGAAUGUCAAGUGCCACUGCCAUGCAGAAGUACUCUGGAGGAGUAGCUGAAUAUAGGGCAAGUGAGGGGAAGUCAGUGGAGAUACCAUACAAAGGGGACGUGAAUAAUACCAUCUUGGACAUCCUGGGAGGGCUGCGGUCUGCCUGUACCUACACUGGUGCUGCCAAGCUCAAAGAACUUCCAAAACGCACAACUUUCAUUCGAGUUACCCAGCAAACCAACGAGAUCUUUGCUGCUCAUCACGCUGAGAAGCAGUCAUGAUUGCUGAUUACGUAUUUCACACUGAUAUUGGCUUAUCCUAUUUAUAUGGUUUAAUUUAUUUUGAAGUAUGGUUUUCCAACUGUUGUCCCUUUGAACAUUUCCUGAGGCUUUCAUGAUCUUUUUAAGUAUUUAGUUAGUAACAGUUUUGCAAAUGCACAUAUUUAUGGACAGAAACAAACUGAGACUCCUCUGCUGUGGGUUUCCCCCUAAAAGAGUUCCAAGGAGAAGACAUAGUAUAGCUGCAGUGACCAUACACACUUUACCUUCUUAACUAAAACAAAUCAUAGGUGGCAAUCAUCCAGUAUUGUGACUUCUACUUAGUCAAUCAUUUGUUGUUGGAUAUUAGCUGUAUAGCUGGUAAAAAUAACAAGUAAAGGAAACAGGUGACACCAUAAGAAACAAGAGUAAAGGGAAUAGCAUUAAGAACACAUAUAAAGAGUAGGUUACAUGUGGAACUGAGUUAUGUAUUGUUUCUUGAGUGAUAAAGUAAGGAGGGUGGAAGAAUGUGUUUGUAUUAGCUUUUUUUUUUCUUUCCCUUGCUCUCUCUCUCUCUCUCUCUCUCUCUCUCUCUCUCUCUCUCUCUCUCUCUCUCUCUCUCUCUCUCUCUCUCUCUCUCUCUCUCUCUCUCUCUCUCUCUCUCUCUCUCUCUCUCUCUCUCUCUCUCUCUCUCUCUCUCUCUCUCUCUCUCUCUGUUGAAAUGUUCUUGUGCCAUGCUUCCAUGAAAAAGAAAAGCACUUAAGUAAAAAGAGGUGACUGAAAAGAACAUCUGAAGUAAUGUUGAGAUUAUUACCAUUGUUACCAUUAUAUAUAGUACUGAAAGAAGAGGGUUGUAAUUUGUGAGGUUGAUUUUAGGUGAUGGCAAGUUUUUAAGAAUUUGUGCAUUUUAUCAUGUGGCUCUGUACUAUUUUCUGUGGUUGUGUAUUUCAUCAUGUGGCUUUGCACUAUCUUCUGUGGCUGUGGUUUUACUAGCUGUUGAAACUCUUGUCUAGCCUCUGCAGUGCUGUUUAUGACAUAGAGAUUCUUUAUAUAAGUCCCAAGAGAAAGUAUAAUGACAUGUAUUUAUUGCAUGAGCCCAAGAAGAUAUAAUUAGAUAUUCAUUCAAUAUAUAUAUAUAUAUAUAUAUAUAUAUAUAUAUAUAUAUAUAUAUAUAUAUAUAUAUAUAUAUAUAUAUAUAUAUAUAUAUAUAUAUAUAUAUAUAUAUAUAUAUAUUACAUAAACCCUGAGAGACAUUAUAAUUGUAUCUACAAUCAUUAUUAUUAUUUUUUUUAUGUUAGUUUAAUCAUGAUUCUGCACAAUCAUUAGGGAGAAAAAAUCAUGAGAACAUGACAAAUAAUUUCAAUGAACUUUAAUAAUAGUUGUUAUGAUAACACUAAGUGUUUGAGAGUACAGGCACUGUGGCGCAUCAAAUGAUAUGCUGCCCUUGUGUAAGCUCAAACAAAAGCAGGAUAAUCAUCCUGCUUUUGUUUUAGCUCCCUACCUCCAACACUUACAUCAUGCAAAGUGUUCAGGUAUUCCUUGAAAGUUUGGAAUAUAUGAUAAAUAUGCCAAGCAUAAGGGAUACUAGGGCUACACAAACAAGCAGCCUCAAGGAAAAGACAGUUAGUAGUAUUGUACACAUUUAUAAGGUUGUUAACUUGUAGAUUACUGUACCUCCACUCAAUGUCCACUCAGCACUUUAAUAUUCUAUUGUGUCAGGUGCUAAUAGGGGGAAGAGCAAAAGAAGCACGAAGGAUUUGUGUGUGAUCAGCUGCAAGACAGUAUUAUGAGAGGUGUGUUUGGGUGUAUGACAGAAAAGUACAUAUAUAAAAAUAGGUUUAUUUAUAUGGUUGUAUGUAAGGAAGAUACAUUGAGAAGGGGAUGUAUGUGGGUGUUUGGAAGAAAAUUAGAAAUAUGUAUAGAAGGCAAGAAGGUGAUAUUGGAAUGUGCCUUGAUUACUGUAACUCAUCUUGGUGUGUGUGUGUGUGUGUGUGUGUGUGUGUGUGUGUGUGUGUGUGUGUGUGUGUGUGUGUGUGUGUGUGUGUGUGUGUGUGUGUGUGUGUGUGUGUGUUGCACUUUUCCCUCCAUCACUAACUCUGCUGAGAUUAAUGAGAGGGAUCCAUCCUCCUUAUUUGUGUUGGUAGAACUAAUUGAUGAACAGUACAGCUUUUAAGAGUAAAAAAAGAAAACAAAUUGAUAUAUGGAUCUUAAUAAGUGCUUGCUUACAAGGAGGAUAUAUUGGUAUAAUUUUCAUUUCUAGACAAUAUAUUUCUGCCUUUGUGUAGGAAAGUAGGAGCAAAUCUGUUAUGGGCUUGGUUACUCUCAAGGUUAUAUGUUUAAUAAUCAAUAUGAGACAUACAA